AGCAGUAGUGCCAUCAUGAUCCUGCGGCAGAUCCUGCGGCUUUCCUCCCUCUUCCGCUCCGCUGUCUCCAUCCACCUGCGCAGGAACAUAGGGCUCUCGGCCAUUGUCUUCAACAAGACAAAAGAGCUCGACCCAGUCCAGAAGCUGUUCUUGGACAAGAUCAGAGAGUACAACACGAAGAGCAAGCAAGCUGGAGGGCCUGUGGAUGCUGGACCUGAAUUCCAGAAAGACAUGAAUGAAUCUCUUGUCAGACUCCAACGGGCAUAUGGUGAGGGAGAUCUAACCAAGUUUCCAGAAUUCAAAUUUGAGGAGCCCAAAUUUGAGGAGAUUCUAAAGUGAUCUCUCCAGGUUGUACACCAAACAGCAGUACAUCCAAUGGAGUUACUGAACAUGGCACCAAUCGUAACUUAAUAAACACAGAGUUGCAGGUUGAUUUCAA